CCAUUUCUGUGUUAAAAAUCAGAUCUUUGGACAGAUUAGAUAUAGGAGAACCCAUUUCUCUUGAUAUCAGAGAGAGAGAGAGAGAGAGAGAGAUUUGACCGAAGAAAAAAAAAGAAGAAGGGGGGGAAGAGACCAAAAAAGCUGAGCUUUUUGGUACAACUGUUGAGGUACAGGGAAGAACACCUCAUCUAUCUUUCUUUUCCCACCCUUUUUUUUUCCGGUGGAGUUGUUAGUUUGUUUGGAUUUCCGCUAGAUUUCUUUUUGUUAUAUAUGUGUGUAUGUUUUUUUUGAUAUGACAAGGCCAGCGUUUGCACAGCUUGUGAGGAUUCCAUGGGAUUUGUUUGUUAGGAUCCGGCUACGCUCCACCCCCACCACCCCCCCCCCCCUCCUUCUUUCUUCUUUCUUUCUUGUUGGUGGUUGAGUCUUCUGUGGAUGUGAACGGUUUGCUGUCCCUUCCGGCUAUUAUUUUAAUAGUGCAGUUCCGUAACAGUCAAAGUUAGGUGAUCAAGAUUUUCUUUUGACUUUAUCCCGUUCUUUAUGCCAUGUUUCCCUUAUAUAUGGCGGGCGACGAUCUGUUUCUCACCCACCACUUUGUGUGGUUUUCUUCGAGUUUCCUUUUAACACAAGGUAGCAAAGACUGCCACCCGGCUUUUAUUGUGUGUAGAAGGAUUUACCCAGGAGGCUGUACAAUCUUAUCCGGGGUUAUUGCUUUGUCUUCCAUGGAAUUUUUAUUGGACCCCCUUAUGGAGAGGGAGAAAUCGUGGGAAUCCUAUUCGACUUCCUCCAGUCGAAGUGAGGCUGUGGAAUUUAAACCAGUUUCUGAAGACAGCGAUGUCCAGGAUGGAGACACAUUGGUUUCCUUGGACGCAAUCCUGCCGGAUGACCUCCUGGAGAAAGUCCUCUCCUUCUUGCCCGUUGUGAGCAUAAUUCGAUCGGCGUCCGUGUGCAAAAGAUGGUACGGUGCCGUGCACUCGGGAAGGUUUUCAUGGACCAGCAUGUUACCCCAGAAGCCAUGGUACUUCAUGUUCACUUGCAGCGAGGAUGCUGUGGCUGGCUAUGCCUAUGAUCCGAGCCUUCGGAAAUGGUAUGGCUUCGACUUCCCUUGCAUCGAGAAGAGCAGCUGGUCCGCCUCUUCCUCCUGUGGACUAGUUUGCUUCAUGGAUGGCGAGGACCGGAGCCGGAUAUUUGUCUGCAACCCGAUCACUAGAGACUGGAAAAAACUUCAGGGUGCUCCGGGUGGGAAGUACCCGGACUACAGUGCGCUCGCCGUCUCCGUGGACCGGAAGUCUCACAGCUAUACCAUCGCAGUUGCCAAAUGCAAGCAGGUGCCCGAGGAUUAUUACCAGUGGGACCUGUCCAUCCAUGUCUAUGAGUCGGAGGGUGAAUCCUGGGUCACUCCCUUCAAUGAAACUCUGGUGGGAUGGAGGGGAGGUGAUGAGUGCGUGAUCUGCGAUGGAGUUCUGUACUACCUGAUCUACUCGACUGGUGUUUUGGGAAAUGCCGAGCCCCGGCAUUGCUUAGUUAUGUAUGAUCUCUCAGGGAGAUCAUCGCACAUGUCUCUGAUGCGCAUGGCGGUGCCGGCACCCUGCUCCUUGACGUGUGGCCGGCUGAUGAACCUCAGAGAUAGGCUGGUUAUGGUCGGCGGGAUUGGGAAGCACGACCGGCCGGGGAUUAUCAAGGGGAUCGGCAUAUGGGAGCUUCACGAGGAGCAAUGGCGAGAGGUUGCUCGAAUGCCCCGGAAGUUCUUCCAAGGAUUUGGUGAGUUCGAUGAUGUCUUUGCAAGCAGCGGCGCCGACGACCUCAUCUACAUACAGAGCUUCGGGUCCCCGGCACUGCUUACUUUCGACGUGAGCCAGAAACUGUGGAAGUGGUCGGCCAGAAGUCCCGUGACCAAGAGAUUCCCCCUCCAGCUCUUCACCGGUUUCUGCUUUGAGCCGAGGCUUGAGAUUGCUUCUUGACUUGUUUAGCUUUAUUGCCGCUUACUAGGUACAUCACAAAAAAUCAUGCUGCAUUUUUCUUUUUGGAUCCACUGAAACAAUUUCAUUGGACCUGAGGGUUAUAUAGAAAAUCUUCAUUUUAUAGAGAAAAGCAUAUCCGAGGAUGUUGUUGUUGAUCGUUUUUUCUUUCUUUUCAUAUAUUUGUGGGGAUUUCUAGCCUAUAAUGUGUUUGGAAGGGUUGAUCUGAAGAAAAGCAAAAAGUGCUGUCACACGUUUCCCGAGUAGGUUUCUUCAUGUUAUUUCAUCUGUAAUGACAAACUAAUCUCUCUUUUGCUGUCCUUAUGACCCUACUUUGCUUCUUUAUGAUAUGA